AUGGAUAAAUCCACCAGAUAUGAUCGUCAGCUACGUCUUUGGGCACAGGACGGCCAAACAAGAUUGGAAAAGUCACAUGUUUGCCUCGUCAAUGCCACCAGCACCGGCUCGGAGAUCUUGAAAAACUUGGUACUUCCCGGAAUAGGUUCGUUCACCAUUGUCGACAGCAGGAAUGUCGAGGAGGACGACCUUAGUGGCAAUUUCUUCUUGCAGCAGCUGGAUUUGGGCAGGAACAUUGCCCAGGCAAUGAGUCAAUGUCUCGGGGAGUUGAAUCCCGAGGUUCGAGGUAUCGGUAUUUCUCAGGACUUGGAAUCGUUGAUCCAACAGCCUGAUUUCUGGGCCAAUUUCAGCGCUGUCAUAGUCAGCGAGAGAGUCAACUCAUUGAUCUUGCUGUCAUUGAAGCAGUUGUUGUGGGACAAGGGCACGCCACUUUUGGUAGUGUCAACAUGUGGAUUCUACGGAACCGUUCACAUCAUCAAUAAAGAAACAACCGUGGUGGAAACCCACGACCCGUCCAAGUUGUAUGACUUACGAAUCGACUGUCCUUGGCCAGAAUUGGAGAAGUACGCCGAUUCAUUCGUUUUGGAAGAUCUUGACGAUACUGAACAUGCCCAUGUGCCAUACAUAGUUAUCUUCAUCAAGGCACUUCGUGAGUGGAAACUACGCCACAACGGUAAUGCACCACUCAAUUACGCGGAAAAGAAGCAGUUCCGCUCCGAGUACAUCGAGGGAAUGUCUCGGGAUAUCAGACUCGAGACGAACUUCAUGGAAGCAUCUCAGUCGGUGCAUCGAGCAUUGCAGGUCACUGCGGUGCCUGAUUCAAUCCGGAAACUCUUUGACAAUAGCAUUAUUGAUGAUUCAAACUUGAACUUGAACACUCCGCCAUUCUGGCUCUAUGUGAGAGCUCUCAAGGACUUCGUGGCCCAUAAAGGGCAAUUACCGUUGCCAGGGAAUCUUCCAGACAUGGCCUCCAAGACAUCCAACUACGUCAAUCUUCAAAAUAUCUUCCGUGCAAAAUGUCUUGAAGACCAGAACAUCUUCAAAAUGUUGCUUCUUGAGCUCUACAGAAGAAUUGGCCGCUCAGAGUCUGAACUCGACGAUGAGUCUAUCUCCACCUUCUGCAAGAAUGCUGCGUUCUUGUUCAUGUCACAUGGAAGUCCUUACUCGUACUCACCAGCGCUCAAGAAGGAACUUCUAGAAGAUUCAAAUGACUAUUCGAGUAAUGCUAGUAUAUUGGCGAUACACUUUGGUAUUUUGGCGUUAUAUGAAUGGAUGGAGGUGAGAGAAACUGAUUCCUUAGCGAGCUAUUUGAACUUUUUCAAAACUUUAUUGUCUACAGACGAAUUGAAACUAUCAGAAAAAGUCCUCAACGUAUUGAAGGAAAUCUUCGUGCACCAAACAUCCAAUUACCACAACAUCGGCAGCUUUAUUGGCGGUAUAGCUGCUCAGGAAAUCUUGAAAAUAACAACCGAGCAGUAUAUCCCACUUGACAACUUGUAUGUGUACGACGGGAUCCGGUCAGUGAGUUGUAAGUGGAAAGUGUGA